GGAUGUUUGCUUGUUCUCUCAGUUUUGGGGCACUGCAGAGAGAACUGGAUAGAAGACCAGCUCAACAGAAUCCAUCAUAACCAAAAGUCUCAGGAGCCCAAAGAACAACGCAGAGGAGCUUCACCUGUGAGUGCUGUGCCCACCACGCCUGUGGGCUUCGGUCCUCAGCAAGAUGUUUGCCACAGAUGCAAGCACCAGGCAGCUAAAUGUCACCUGUACACGUUCACUGGACAUGGAACUUUUUCUCCAUUACUCCCUCAUCCCAUCAUUUCUCAUCAUUUUGGUUUUGUCCUUCCUCCAAAGACAAGAGCACCGUAGAAAGAAAGAUGAUACCACUUACCUCCUUGGGAACCACUUUGGAAUCAUCAUGCCUCUGGAUUUCGUGGGGACUUUUAGUAACCGAUGGUCCUAUGGAGUUGCCUUUGGGGCCACAGCCAAUAAGGUCAUGUUCUUGUUCUCCGAAGGCUACCGGCCCCUGCAGGUCCCAGAGUGGGCCCAAGCCUUUGUGCUUCUGAUUGGAGGUAUCGAAGUUGGCCUGUCCCACUUCCCCUUCUUUGCCUGCCUCUCCUCAGAGUUCCACCUGGUCAGCUCUGUCCUCGGCUUCAGCUACUCCCUCCUCUGGUUUGCUGUCACUGUUCUUCAAAUCUCACAGUGUCCCCAUGGUCAGUUUGUGGGAAGGUAUGAGUCCCUGAUCUUCCACUGGCCAUCACUGCUGUGCCUGGCUUUCCUGCUGGGCCACUUCCUGCACAUAUUUGUCAAGGCUCUGAGAGUACGCCUGCAGUGGGAGCCCCAGGCGGAAGAGAAGCCAGUGCUUCUGGAAACCCACCAGGCCAAGCACGUCAAGCAGCUGCUGAGGAAGGUUAGGGCACAAGAAGGAAAAAAGUCUUGGUUUCAAACCAGGGUAUAUGAGUGGGACCCCUGCUUCCAGUUUCCAAGCAGAAUGAUUGGAACCGUGGUUUUGGCUUUCAUCUGCCUGUACCUUUUCAUUGUCAUUGAGUUCUGCGUGUUCGUGUAUGUGAGAGACAAGCUGGAUGUGUUUGAAGGCAGCCUGGAGAACUACAACACUUAUGUGAACCAUACGGGGAUCCUGACCCCAUUCAUCCUGCAGCUGCAAGAGCUGCUCAGUGUCUCCAAAGGAGUCUGGGUGGUGACCAUUUUGCCUGCCUCGCUCACUUGUGUGAGCUAUCUGUUCCAUAUUCUGGCCUGUUAUAGAAAACACAUGAAGAGACUGUGGGCAGGAGAUAAACACUUUCUCCCUUUGAAGUUCCGUGAUCCUUCCCCCUCUGAGAGCGUGGUGGCCAUUGCAAGGUACUCUGGCUGGCAGAUAGCCUACAUUCUGUGGGGCUACCUCAUCAUCCAUGUGAUGCAGAGCCUGUGUGGCAUGAUGAUCAUGUAUGGCCUGGUGCUGCCCAUCACCCACCACCGGGCCCUGGAGAUGCUUCAAGGGCUGGGCCUGGGGAUCCUCACCAUAUCCAUUGUUGUGGGCCUCAUGAUCCUGCAGGUGUGGAUUGCUGCCAGCUUCUUCCUGCAGCCCAAGCUGGGCACAGCUGAUAAGCAGAAGCCCUUGGCUCUUAACAACAGGAAAGCCUUCCACAACUUCAACUACUUCCUGUUCUUCUACAAUGUUCUGCUCGGCCUGGGCACUUGCCUCUCCAGGCUGCUCAUCAGUUGCAUCUUGGGCACGUGGCUGAUUGCACGCAUUGACAGGACCAUCAUGCAGAGUGGCUAUGAGAGAGCAGACAUGGGGUUCAGCGCUUGGGUCGGCAUGCUUUAUGUGGACCAUUAUCACACAAACCCUGUGCUCGUCAGCUUUUGCCACAUCCUCAUCACCAGCCAUAAGGAGAGGAAGAUGCAGAAGACCUCCCAAUACUGGUGCCUAGGCCAAUCAGCAGGUCCUCACAUCUCAGCUAGGUCCAGGACGAGAUGGCUCUUGCUGCAGACCCUGAUCAACAACCCCAGACUCAUCAUACUCAGAAAAUCAAAGUCAGUGCCUAGUUCCCGGGAUUUCACCCAGAUUCUGCUGACAUGCACAGAUUGCUAACACAGGCCAUCAACAAUGACUCUAAGGCCAGACCCAGCCACCUGCUCCCAAGAGAAGGCUCAAUCUAACCAGUUGCUGUUUCCUGCUGUGGGAUGAGACAGCACAGGCCCUGUCCACAUACAUGGAAGCUAGUAUAAGCCACUUGUGGUAUGGCCACAGGGUCUGAGGGUUGAAGUCUCAGGAUUGUUUCACUUCCUUAGCAAAAAAGAAAGAGAUUAAAAAACCAAAGAAAUGUCUGGUGAACAAACUUUGCCCAUUGUUGACUUCCACUGUCCAUUGAGGGUAGAUAGCUUGGGGGUUGCCUGUGAAGAAGCACUAAGUUUGAUUCCAAGGCAGAACUUUUGUCACUGAAGAAAGUGGUAAAAUGUCUAUAUGAAGAGACCUCCCUCUUUCUCUCUGAAACAGUGUGGCCCUCAAUCCAACAGGGUUCUCAUUGCUUCCUUUUUUCCAGGCUUUAUGGUGGGUGAGAGAGAAGGAAAUCCAUGAUCCUAGCCCCUAAUCUUGGAGGGCAAGCCAGCAUACAAUGAGCUCUCUGUCCCCCAGCCACUGGGGUAAGGAGUAGAUCAGAGUUUACCUGGGCCUUGCUUAAAAAGAAGAUGCUCAAAUUCUCUAUGAGAAGGGUGGGAUCACCCAGGAAAUCCACCUGUCCAUGGAAGCAGAGAUGGGGUGGACAGGCAUUCCAGGUAGGUGACAAUAAGACCAAAGUUGUGUAGGCAAGCAAGCCCAAGAGUGUUUGACAAGGGUGAGCCAUGUAGUAUGUGAGGGUGCAGGGUGCUAGUUAGGACCAUUCCAAGGAUGCCAAAAUGGCGGGCUGAGAGGCCUGGACAUUUUUCCUCAUGUAGAGCCAGAACUUACCCAAACUUUUCAUGCUCAAACAUAAGAUCUCUGAUAGGCAGGGACCCAUAUAGUCCAUUCAAAGUCCCUCAUGAAUCUGGGCAAGUGCCACGAGGACCUUAUAACAUGGCAGAGAAAAAUCCCCAUCCACCUCAUGAGUCCCAAAGCAAUUGUAGGUUGGUAAUCAUUAAGGACCUAAUGUAACCUUAGUUCCAUUGACGGAUGUGUUUGCCAGAUUGUCUCUUUUUGUGUAAUCUCUACAACCAAGCUUUGUCAUUAUGCUUUUGGAAACUGAGAAAUCUAAGAUCUCCAUGCCACUAUUUUGUAGCUGUGUGACACUGACCAAAUUAUUUUGUCUUUUUCCAUUCACUUUCUUUAACUGUAAAAAGAGGGUAGCACCCUCUAAUGCCAAAAUUAUGCUGAGGAUAAAAUAAGUUAGUACAUAUAAACACUCUUAAGCUAGUGUCUGACAUCAUAAACUCUCAAAGCUAAAAGAUUUGACUUUGGAUGUUGCUAUGAUUUGAAUAUGAGCAGUAUUGCCCAAAAGUCCAUGUGUGAAAGCUUUAGUUCCCAGGUUAGCACUACUGGGAGGUGGUGGAACCUUUAGGAGAGGAUCUAGUGGGAGGUCCUGAGGUCAUUGGGUAUGUGUCUUCAAACAGGAAUUGUGGGAUCCCAGUCUCUUCAUCUCUCUGUUUCCUGGCUGAUGUGCUAUGUGCUUCUGCCAUGAGGUACUGCCUCAUUAGAGGCCCAGUGGGCCUCCCCAUGGGCCACUCUGACUUGAACUGGAACCUCCAAAACCACAAGACAAAAUAAACCUUUCCUCUUUGUAAGUUAAUUACCUCUGUAUUUUGUUAGAGUAACAGGAAGCUGACUGAAACAGAUGUUAUUUCACAGGAAGAUAUCCAAAUGGCCAACAAGUAUAAGAAAAGGUACUCCCAUUGUUAUACAUCAGGAAAAUACAAAUUAAAAUGUUAAUCCACUGCAUAAUGGCUAAAAUAAAAACUGAUGACAAUAUCAAGUGUUGGUGAGGAUGAGGAGCAACGGGAACUCUCAUAUGCUGUGAUAUGUAUAAAUUCUUAACACUACUUUCAAAAAUUCUUUGGUAGUUUCUAAAGAUGGACAUGCACAUGUGUUAUGACUCAACUAUUCUAGUCUUAAGUACACCCCCAGUAGAAAUGCCAACAUAGGUCCACCAUCCAAAAAGAUAGUCAGAGCAGCAUUAAUGGUAUGUUCUCAAACUGAAAAAAACCCAAUAUGCAUUAAUAAUAGAAAGGAUAAAUAAAAUUGGUUAUAUUAUUAAUAAAUGGAUACUAUACUACAGUCACAUUUUAAGAGAGGUAUGAAACUUACAAACAUAAUGGAGGAAACCCAACAUAAAAGGGUCUAUUGCACAUGAUUCCAUUUAAAUAAAACAAUUUAAAGCAAAACUAAUUCAGGAGUUAGAAUAUUUAUCAUUUUUGAGACAAGCAGAGCAGGGCCGGGGAUUUAGCUCAGUGGUUUCACUGCCUGCUACGCAAGCGCAAAGACCCGACUUUGAUCCCUGGUACCAAAAAAAAAAAAAAAAAGAUGUAGUUGAGACAAGCAGAGCAAUGACUUGGGAAGGGAACAUAAGAAGGGCUGCUGGAGAAUUGGUAAUAUUCUGUUUCUUGUGUGUACUGAUCCCUCUCAGGAAUUAAUUGAGGUAAACACAUAUGAUUUCCAUGCUUUUAGAUAUACAUAUACUUCAACAUGCAAAUUAAAUCAGUUGGACAAAGAACUUUUUUCUGGUUACAAUGCCAGGUGGCAAGUGCUUAGUCGAAGAUUCUAGAAUUACAGGAUCUAGAUUCAUAUCUUGAAUCUAACUAUUUCCUGUAUCAGGCAUCUUGGCCAAGUUACUAAUUCUGAGCUUCAGUUUUUCAUCCAUGAGGUGGGUUAAUUAUGGUACCCCUUCACAGUUAUUGAAAGGAUUAAAUCUUCAUAAUAAAUAUCAGUACUGGUGUUGGUCUCUGUGGUUCUUCCUUCUAUGUAUGUUCUGUGGAGAAUAUGGAUGAUGGUCUGGGGUAGAAGAUGGAAAAGAUAGGUUUCAAGUCAAUAAACUUCUUUGAAAAGCUA